ACAACAGCGAAAAUGCUGCAAAACAUUUGUUUGUAGUAAUUUAAAUAUAUAGUUUUUAAGUAAAAGGUGAAUCAGCAGUGCAAUUAUGUUUUUGCCAGAAACAGCUGUGUUCUGCAUAACAUUGCUAGUAUAUGGCGCCAUACUAUUGCUAUUAAUUUACUAUGUGCUAACGCUGGCCGACUUGGAAUGCGACUAUUUAAAUGCACAGGAAUGCUGUCGUCGCCUCAACUUUUGGGUCAUACCCAAAUUUGGCUCACAUGCGCUGCUCUGCGCCCUGCUGCUCAUCUCCGGUCAUUGGGUGAUGUUUCUGCUCAAUUUGCCCAUGGUCGUGUGGCUGUUCUAUGAGCUGCACCGGCAACGCCGCGACAGCCUGGGCGUCUACGAUCCCGUGGAUAUACACAGUCGCGGCCUGCUGAAGGUGCAUUUAAGGAAUUGCAUGAUUUAUCUGGGCUUCUACUUUGUCAUGUUCUUUGUGGGCCUCUAUUGCUUGAUUUCAUCGCUGAUCAAGGGUGAUCCCAUCAAGCGCCACGAAGAUGAUGAAAUUAUCACGGGCUUCUAAAGCCUGUCAAGUCAAUGA